CGAAGGAGGUAGGUUGUUGGUGGUUUCCACUUUCCACUUCCCGGAGCUUCUUCACGUUUCUUCGCACUUUUUCACUGGUCUUUGCCUCCUGGCCAUGGCCGGAGGAUCAUAAGAUUUUAGUGAAAAUGGGAUUUCUCAAGGGGAUGAAGAAGGAGAUACGAGGAUGACGGUUGCUUCGCCGCCUCAUUCAUUCCUUUUCUGCCGCCUCUUCACCGCCGCCGCUCAAAUUCCGGCGCAGAUCGUGCUAAUUUCAUUCGUUUUCGAGUUAAUUUGGUUCGGAGUUUAUCUAUUUGCCUUUUCCAUAUGUAUGCAUGGGUAUAUAAAGUAAUUUUGUGCGGGCGGAGUCAUUUUAAUGGCGACUCUACAUGUAAGCUGAAACUUUGGUGUGUUUAUGGGGGUUUGAUUUUGUUUGGCUGAAGAAAUAUAUAUCACAUGCUUGUAUCCGCAAAUAAACAUGGAGUGUUUAGCUGAAAAUGGAUUCUGUAAAAAGGCUGUGAAUGAUAGGAGAGGAACGAAAAGGUCGGGCGCGGAUGGAAACUCAGAGACUAAGAAAUUUAGGUUUAAACUGGGCGAAGUUGGUGAGAAUUUAGCUGAUGAAAAUAGGGGGUUGGAAGAAAUUGAAUUAGAUUUCGAAGGGUUAGAAGAAGAGAGAGUUAUUGAGUGGCUAGAUAAAAGUUUAGGUGGUGCAUUUGACAUGACAGGAGAGGCUAGGAUAGAGGAUGGGGUGGUAGGUGUAGGUCUCGGAGAAUCAAGCGUUAGAUGUAAAGAUAAUAUUUCCAAGGGAAAUGAAGCAUCUUGUAGCACUGUAAGACAAUUAAAUAACAAUGUGGGUGUUGGCUAUGAGAAAAGAGAGUUUGAAUUUGAUCUCAACGUGUCCGUUUGGGAUGCAGAGGAUGAGGGAUUUGAUAUUACUCCCGUGGUUGGUGAGAUGACUAUGGAAAUUGUUGAGAUUUUAUCUGAUGACGAUGGUGAUGAAGAGGAUGUAAUAGUUCUAAAAGAAGUUAAGGGAAAAAGGAAACUCUCUGAUGGAGUAAAUGCUUGUGGAAGUUCUGGGAAUGUCAAAUUUGGACGGUUAGGUGAACUGGAUUUAAGCAUGUCUCUUGCUGAUAGUGGCACGUCUAGUGGGGUACGGAGGUAUACCAGAGAAGAAAAGGGGAAAACAAAAGUCGGCGAUUCUUGGCUAUCCCUAGCCAACAUGCCAAUUGGUACGGAGAUCCUUGCCGAGGGGUGUGAAUUUGCAUUUGAACAGGAUGUUGAUCCUGCAUUAUCACUUCACUUUGACUCUGUAAAUUUAGGACGAAAUGGUGAUCCACUUAUGAAGGGAAAUCACAAACAUAGAGCAGAGCAAUCUGGUGCAUAUUCCGCCACAAAGAUGCCUGUUCAGUUCAAACCUAUGUUGAUAGCACAACCCAGUAAUCAGAUCUCAGCUAGGAAUACUGAGCUCAGAAGAGAGCAGGUUGUUGCUGAUAAUGCAAGGGCAUUGAACGCACCGAGGCAGAGGGCAGACAGAGUUAGACACCGUGAAAUUGCGACAGAUCGUGCUUAUCGAUUUGCACGGUUCAAUCCUCUAGAGGAGAUUAUUAACGAGAGUUCUUUAGUUAACACAGAGAUGACACCUUCUUUAGAAGCUGAUGAGCAACUACUAAACUCUCCUGGACCAUUUUCAGAUGCAUUGAAGACAAUCAGAGAGCGUUGUCUGAAAAAGAGUGCUCAGCAAUUAAUUGUUUGGAGAGGACGUCAAAAUACGUCCGAUAAUAUUUCUGCUCCUCUUGUUCCUUCACUACAAGAUCUUUCUUUGAAAACGCUUCUGAAAAAUGCUUAUGCCCUAGUUUCACUUGAUUGUGUCCCUGACAUAUUGAGAAGAAAGAUUGUUGACUUGCUCUGUGAUGCCAGGAAGAUGAACUCUCGUUUGUUUGGCCUCCUCUUGCAAGGUUCUCCAACUGAAAUCCGGGUUAAGGACUGUUCAUGGCUAACAGAAGAUGAUUUCUCUAAGUCCUUUGGAGACUUUGAUGGACAAAACUUGCUGGUCCUCCAGCUUGAUCUAUGUGGGCAAUGCUUGCUUGAUCAUGUGUUGGAUAAAACCUUACUGCGAUCUUCACAUAGGUUGCCAAAGUUGGGCAUUUUAUCGCUAAGGGGUGCAUGCCGCAUGUCAGAUGAUGGGCUGAGAUUACUUGUUGCAGAAGCACCUAUACUGCAGUCAAUAGAUUUGGGGCAGUGCUCUCUUUUGACACAUAGCUGCAUCAACAUUAUAUCCAAGUCACUGUGUUCAUCUCUGAAGGAGCUGCGCAUAAAUGAAUGCCAAAGAAUAGAUGCUAUGCAAAUAAUAUCUGGAUUGAAGAAUUUAAAACACUUAGAAGUGUUAUCUGUUGCUGGAAUUCAAACAAUAUGUGACCAAUUUGUUUGUCAAAUGCUUCCGGCAUGCGGCCAAAAUUUAAAGGAGCUCGAUUUGGCUGACUGCGAGAAUUUGACAGAUUGUUCUCUGAAGGCUAUUGGAGGUGCAUGUGCAGAUUUGCUCUCUUUAAAUAUUUCAAACUUGCAUAAAUUAACAGAUGUAGGACUACAGUUUCUUGCUAAUGGUUGUAGAUCAAUUCAGAGGCUUGUUCUUCGUUGUAAUAGUUUCAGUGAUGAAGCAAUUGCUGCAUAUUUGGAAGCUUCCGGGCAAUCUUUGGAAGAACUUUCACUCAAUAAUUGUUCAAAGGUUGGCCCAAGUACUGCGCUCUCACUUGCCAAAUGUUCAAUAAAACUAUAUUAUUUGGACUUAUCAUGGUGUCGCAGAGUAACCGAUGACUCGCUAGGAGUGAUUGUAGACAGUUGCAUCUCCCUCAAACUGCUUAAGCUUUUUGGUUGCACACAGAUUACUAGCACAUUUAUAAAUGGGCACUCGAACUCCCUAGUCCAGAUUGUGGGAUUACCAAUGACACCGAUAUUAGACCACAUUAUCAAGUUUGAACCAGAAGAAGUUUUGCUGCGCUAUUCGUCUCUUCGAACAUGUGCUGACACAUCCUAGUGUUCAUUUCGAGGAUCGGUAAUCUAUUAGUUUUUGCAAAUAUGUUUUAACAUAAACAAUACCAUAGAAUAAGCCUCACAUGUGCAACAAGUUGUAUGGAGUUAAAAGAAUAGUGUGGCUGUAUGGUUGAAAUUUAUGUAGAGAACUCGUAAAAAAAACUUGUUUGACUCUCACAAGAUUUUAGAAGUGUUAAGGUGAAAAGUGAGUAGUUGUAAUUUGUUUAAAUGGGAGAGAAGUUUUGCGAGCAAUAUUUCAAUUCCUUAAGGUAGCCUUC